CUGGAACGUGUGGAGUCACCGCCAGUGGCCACCAUGGCGCUCACCCUCGCUGUGCGCACGCAGCUGCUGCUGGCGCUGGCGCUGGCACUCUGCCUCAGGAACACGCUGGGACAAGGUGUGCCGGUGGCGCCGGGUGGCGGCCUGCUGUGCGGCGGACAACUGUGCGCCCCACCGGGCCGGUGUCGGCUCCGUCUGUGGCGGCCCGCCUGCGAACACUCCCACCUGACCCCGGCCGCCCUGCCCAGCCAGCUCCGCGGCCACCUGCAGUCCCUGAUCAACGACUGGCAGGGCUCGCAGCUGACACUGCUGAAUCGUCUGCAGCAAUCUCAGCAGUCCCUUCUGAAUCAACUGCACGGACAUCAGCUGAAUCAACUGCAAGGCCAACAGUCUCUCUUGAAUCAACUGCAUGGGUCGCAGCUGAACCAACUGAACCAACUGAACCAAAUACAGGAGCCUCAACUGUUUAAUCAACUGCACGGAAACCAGCUGUCUCCGUCGAGUCAACAGCAGGGACUCCAACUAAAUCAACUUCAAGGCCAACAACCACCUCUUAAUCAAUUACGGGAGCCCCAGUUGUCUCCCUCUAAUCAACUGCAGGGCCCACAGCAGUCCACCGUGGGCCAACUGCAGGGAUCACAGUCGUCUCUGCUGAAUAAUCCACAGGGAUCACAGUCACCCGUUCUGAAUAAUCCACAGGGAUCACAGCCGUCCCUGCUGAAUAAUCCACAGGGAUCACAGUCACCCGCUCUGAAUAAUCCACAGGGAUCACAGCCAUCCCUGCUGAAUCAUCCACAGGGAUCACAGCCGUCCCUGCUGAAUAAUCCACAGGGAUCACAGUCGUCUCUGCUGAAUAAUCCACAGGGAGCACAGUCGCCCGUGCUGAAUAAUCAGCAGGGAUCACAGCCAUCCCUGCUGAAUAAUCCACAGGGAUCACAGCCGUCCCUGCUGAAUCAUCCACAGGGAUCACAGUCGCCCGUGCUGAAUAAUCCACAGGUAUCCCUGCUGAAUAAUCCACAGGGAUCACAGCCAUCCCUGCUGAAUCAUCCGCUGAGAUCACAGUCGUCUCUGCCAGCUCAGCAUGGUGGACAGACACCAGCUCUCUCAGCUCGACUGCAGGAGCUUCCUCCAGGAUUGGCGGCUCAAAGCCAAAAUCCCUCGCAGAAUCUAGCGGCUCAGAGCCAAUUUCCCUCUCAGAGUCUGGCGGCUCAGCCACAAACGCCAUCGCAGAAUCUAGCGGCUCAAAGCCAAACGCCAUCGCAGAAUCUAGCGGCUCAGAGCCAAUUUCCCUCUCAGAGUCUGGCGGCUCAGCCACAAACGCCAUCGCAGAAUCUAGCGGCUCAGAGCCAAUUUCCCUCGCAGAAUCUAGCGGCUCAAAGCCAAACGCCAUCGCAGAAUCUAGCAGCUCAAAGACAAACGCCAUCGCAGAGUCUGGCGGCUCAGCCACAAACUCCCUUGCAGAAUCUAGCGGCUCAGGCACAAACUCCACUGCAGAACCUGGGAGCACAGACGCAGAGGCCGCCGCCAGUCCGCAGACAAAAGGGCCCCAGCUGCGCCACUACCACCUGUCCUCAUCCGAAGCGGUGUGUGGAGUUGGAUGUGCUCUGUGUUACUAGUCCCUGCAAUCCUACUGUCUUUUGUAAGUGACGGAUACCUGGUGAAUCAUAAUACAUGACAUGCGAAUAA